AUGGCCGGCAAACGUGCCAUCAACAUCGACACCAAUCUUCGAUUGCUCACCGUGUUGACACUUCAACAAAAUGGCUGGCAAAUCUAUCGCGAUCAUUGGUAUAAACUAUUCGAAAUCGACAUGCAAUGGAUUCCCGCCGAAAAUUUUUGCCGUUCAAUGGGCGGCCAUUUGGCCAGCAUUCUCGACGAGUCCGAAAAUCUUUUCGUUCACAAAUUACGCAAAAAGAGCAACAUUUGGAUCGGAUUGAACAAAAUCAACGACACCCAUCAAAUCUAUAAAUGGUCCGACGGCAACGACGCCGAUUUUUUGAAUUGGGAUUCAACGCAGCCAAAUGAGCCCGAGGUCGAUUGCGCUUAUAUGGCGUUUCAUCAGGAGCAACGCGGCACCUGGUUCGACUACGGCUGCCGCGAGAUGCUUCCACAAUUUUUCGUGUGCAAACUACCAAUGCCCUAA